UUUUCUCAAAUUGUCAAGGCAACGGUUAGUUUGAAUGGUUUUGUUUACAAAAUAAGAAAAUGUAGAAGAUUAUUGAAAAAUGAAGAAAGCUGGCACUGAUCCAAAGGUGAAAAAAACUCUUCUUCGCAACUACGAGCAGAAAGUUCGUUCUGAUUUAAAACCGGUGGUAGUUAGUGCCGGAUCAUCGAAGGAAACCUCUUGUGCCAAUAAAAAAGAACUAGACCAACCUACGUUGUGUUCCAGUGAAGCGUUAGCGAAUUAUUUAUCAGAUGUAAAGAAAAGCGUGCCACCUCCGCUCUCUGAAGAAGAUUUAAAAGUUAGCAAGUCUCAGUUAAGUGCUAAAAUAACAAAAAAGCUGAACUUCCAUUUUAAUGACCGGAUCUACAAAAAUCUGGUGGAACUUAACAUUGAUGUUGCUAAUACAAAAAAUAAGAAGGAUAAAAAGAUAAAAAACAUUUCAAUAAAAAAGGAUCUAGAGCCAAAUAUAGAAGACUUUUGCCACAAUGAAAAAGAAGAUGACCUUGUUCCAAACAUUCCAGUAUUAAAACAUAAGUUUCAGCCAAUAAGAAGUAUUGAAAAUGGACAGUUACAUAGAUUAGUUGCAUCUUUUGAAAAUUUGUAGAAAUAAUAAAUGAUUAAUAUUGUAAACAUAUAAAUAAGUAUCUAUUGUUUUUGCUUGA